AGUUGUUUGUUUAUUGAUACACUGUUCAAGAGUGUUAAGCGAUUAGGCACUCGAGAGGAACCAACCAAACCAUACCCGUCGACGUUUUUAUUCAUCCCCAUCUGAACCAACAGAAAACCCCCAAAACCCUAGAAUUUCAGGGAUUCCUCUGCAAUCUCUGACACAAAGCGCGAGAGAUUGAGAGCAGCAACAGCAAUGGAGUUCGACGAGUAUGACUACUUGGAGAAGACGGUGGAGGACCAUGACGACAGAGAUUCGUCUAAGAAGACCAAGAAAGACAGCUCCGAGAAAACCUACCGGAAGCGCGACGAGCUCGACGACGAUCUAGACGCUGCCGCCUACGACGGGCGCAUCAAGAAGUCCAGGGCCGACGAAGAGAACGGCUCCAAGAAGGAUCGGGAUGGCCGCGAUAGGGAGCGGUCCUCCCGCGACAAGGACCGCCACAGGCACCGCAGCAGCGACAGGGAAAUAGACGGUGAGCGGAGCAGCAGAGACAGAGAUAGAGACAGUGAGAGGAGCAGCAGGGACAGAGAGAAGGAGAGGGAGAAAAGCAAAGAGAGGGAUAGGAGGGAGAGGGACAAAGAGAGGGAGAAGAGAGAAAGGGACAGAGAGAAGGAGAAGGAGAAGGAGAAGGAGAAUUACAGGAGACAAAGGGAAAAGAAAGAAGCUGCAGAGCCUGAGGCAGAUCCCGAAAGGGAUCAGCGAACUGUUUUUGCCUACCAGAUGCCUUUGAAGGCAACAGAGAGGGAUGUUUAUGAGUUCUUCUCUAAAGCUGGCAAGGUGAGGGAUGUUCGUCUUAUCAUGGAUAGGAACUCAAGAAGAUCUAAAGGAGUUGGGUAUAUUGAAUUUUAUGAUGUGAUGUCAGUGCCAAUGGCAAUUGCUCUCUCUGGCCAACUUCUCCUUGGACAGCCUGUGAUGGUUAAACCUUCUGAGGCUGAAAAGAACCUUGUUCAAUCUAAUACUACUAGUGGAGCUGCUGGUGUAGCAGGACCAUAUGGAGCUGUAGACAGGAAACUGUAUGUAGGGAACCUUCACUUCAACAUGACCGAGAGUCAACUGAGAGAGAUUUUUGAGCCAUUUGGUCCAGUGGAGCUUGUACAAUUGCCACUUGAUCUGGAAACUGGACAUUGCAAGGGUUUUGGGUUUGUUCAAUUUGCUCAUCUUGAGCAUUCCAAGGCAGCUCUGAGUUUAAAUGGAAAACUGGAAAUUGCUGGCAGGACUAUCAAGGUCUCAUCUGUAACUGAUCAUGUUGGAAGCCAAGAUACAACUGCGAAAUCUGCAGACUUUGAUGAUGAUGAAGGUGGAUUGGCUUUAAACGCUCAAUCAAGAGCUUUACUUAUGCAGAAGCUGGAUCGCUCUGGCAUUGCUGCUAGCAUUGGCGUUCCACCAGUUGUGAAUGGGUCGGCCCCUGCACAUCAAGCUGUUAGCUUGCCUAUUGGUAAUCCAGGCAUAAUACCAGCACCAACUCUCCCAACACAACUUAUGACUAACCCAGUUGCCGAGCCGGUUGGAACCCCCAGCGAGUGUUUACUGUUGAAGAAUAUGUUUGAUCCGGCCACUGAGACAGAACCAGAUUUUGAUUUAGACAUUAAAGAGGAUGUAGAAGAAGAGUGUUCUAAGUAUGGGCGGGUGAAGCAUAUCUCUGUUGACAAAAACAGUGCAGGUUUUGUGUAUUUGCAGUUUGAAACAGUGGAAGCAGCAAGUGCCGCUCAACGUGCAUUGCACCUGAGGUGGUUUGCACGUAGAUUGAUUUCAGCUUUGUUCAUGCAACCUCAGAUGUAUGAAGAGAAGUUUAAAGGGGAGGUUUGAUAGUGUGUGCUUCCGGGCCUUGUGGUGGCUCUUAAUGAUGACAAUCUGCAAAUUAUUUCUUAUAUUAGUUUUCAGAAAUUGAGUUUGCGGUUAUAAAUUUUGAUUCAUCACUCGUAUUAGAUGUACGAAUACAGAAAUUCUACUGUGUAGGUGGGGGUUUUCACUUUCAUAAUUUGCUCGGUGACACACUUAUAUUCUACAUCAUGUUUAUAAUUUUAUAGUUAAAUAGUACUUGUGUAAAAAUUUCUCUUAAUGUGAGAACUUUGAAAUGACAGUAUGUAAAAAUAUUGAUUAACCCUUGUUCAUUUUUAUAAA